GACUGAAACUGUACCCGCGCUGGCACAGUGGGGGAUCAUGCAUGGCCGAGCGAGCGCUGCUCUGACAUGGGUUGAUUUCUUCAUGCUGAACUACACGACUUUCCACCACUCCUGCUUAUAUUUGCCUCGUUUCAAGCGACACUUAGAAAUAUUUGUGUCCAUGCUAAGGAUUUUAUGAACUCGUUUUUUUGCCACGGCACAUUUGAACGACUCCGGUUCAAGGAAAGAGCUGCUCCUAGUUCUUCAGCGGUUGUUCAGCCGUGACAAUACAGCGACAGCGCCGACGACACGGACACACAGCCGCGCGAGUAAAGGAAGAUUUGGCACUGUCUGUAGCCGGCUGGUUCUGUGGAGUUAAUUAUUAUUCAAAUGUUCUAUAAACAUUUCAGAGCAUAUUUAUGCAUGGACCACGCUGUUAUUAACUUGAAAAUCAACAAUUCAACGCUGCGUAGGCCUAUGGUUACAGAAACUAUUGGUGCCCAAAGAAGAGUUGAUCCGGGAGAAUAAUUAUUCAUUUGUGUAGACCGACUACAGGAGAAAACUAUUAUAAAGCUAAAAAUUCAUGUUUAUAAUAUCUGUGACAUCCCACAUCUUCUGCGGUCGAAGAGGAUGCUCUUGUUGCCAUGAAUACACGACAAAACAAUGACUGAAAUAGUGUAUUUUAAAUGGAUCCUCAACUAAUUAAUAAUCAAGACAUUUACCCACCAAUUGCAAUAAUUUUUAUUCCACAAACUGGCAUUGCUUUUUUUUACUGAAUGAAAAAACAACUUUUUUUUUUUACAAAUGUCAAUUCAAGCCUCAGCACAAUAACUGCCUCGUGAAAUAAUCCAAUCAAUGCGUUAUACUCGAGCAGUCAACCAAGACAUAAGGCAAUUAUCAUUUAAAAGCCUUCAGAUGUGAAUCUAAUUUCACUCUGUUCAUUUGAAGAAUUCCACCGCGCCAGACGCUGCAUCGAGAGGGACCUUGACGUGUCCAGGUUCGGGAGCCAUGCCGCAGAUGGAUAUGAUCCUGUGCGUUUCGCUGGUGUUAUGGACGUGUGUCUACGGCCAAGAGCCGGUCUCCAAGGUGGUGUCCGACCGCUAUGCGGUCUACUGGAACCGGACCAACCCCAGGUUCUACCGGGGUGACUACCACAUCGACGUGUGUAUAAACGACUACCUGGACGUCUUCUGUCCCCACUACCUGGACUCUGUCCCAGAGGAGCGGACAGAGCACUACGUCCUCUACAUGGUCAACUACGACGGCUACAGCUCCUGUGACCACACGGCCAAGGGCUUCAAACGCUGGGAGUGUAACAGGCCCCACUCCCCAAACGGACCUCUGAAGUUCUCCGAGAAGUUCCAGCUCUUCACCCCCUUCUCUCUGGGCUUCGAGUUCCGCCCCGGCAGAGAGUACUACUACAUCUCUUCCACCAUUGCUGACAAUGGAAGGAGAAGUUGCCUACGACUGAAGGUGUUCGUCAGACCAGCAAACAAUUGUGUGAAAACUGUCAGUGUUCACGAUCGGGUCUUUGACGUCAAUGAGAGAGUGGACAAUUCCCUAGAACCAAGAGAUGACACCAGCCACGAGUCAGCUGAGCCAUCCCGAGGUGACGUCAACUCCGUGGGCCGGGUUCAGACUGCCGGCCUGCUGGUGACCUCCUCCCUGCUUCUCCUGGCGGCCAUCUUGUCUUCAUAGCGCCCAGCCUGAAGGUUUUAGACAGAGCGGAGUGGACCGCCCUGACUGGACCACAGGCCCCCCACAACCCCCAAGGAGCACUUUUUAACAGACAGUCUCUCUCAGUGCAAGGGAGAGGAGAGACUUAUAAGUGGAAGUCCUUUUUAUAAACGUUGCUUUGGGGAGUUAAGAUGCCAAAAGCCUUUUUGUCAUUUUACUUUCCUGUGAAUUUUGAUAUUUGAAGGCCAUGGUAUGCCGUUGAAUUUGCUCUUCCCACACCCUCUCACACACUAACACACACACACAUGCUCUCUCUCUCUCUCUCUCUCUCUCUCUCUCUCUCUCUCUCUCUCUCUCUCUCUCUCUCGCCCUCCUCUGUAGCCACACCAAACAUUUUGCAAGAUUAAACUACGGAACAAAAACAUUUUCCAAACCCCCAAAUUACUUUGAUUGAGAAUAUGAUGAAGUCGUGUGGCAAAUGACAAUUGAUCGUUUGAAGAAGGCUUGUGACUGAUCAGAUCAGCCAAUCAAAUGAGGCCAAGGUAUACUGGCCAAUAAAAUGAGGACAAGGCAUGCUGGCCAAUCAACGGUGAAACAAGGAUCCAAAGCCAUGGUUAUAGCUUGGAGAAAUCCUGUUGCCAAGCGGAGGGUUGUCUGUUGUUUUCUUUCCUUUGAAGAGUCCAUUAGAAGUUCCUCUCAGGUGAUGGGGGUUGGAUUCAAUGACUCAGAGACUGGGAGAGGAUGUUUGAGAUUAACCGGAGAAAAUAAGCCCCCAUGUUUAGUACUUUCUGUCCUUUUAGGGGAAUUAGUGAUUGAUUAAUGUAUUUUUGAAAUAAAUCACAUAAUUCAAGUUUAGCAGCCAACACGGGUGUAUAUUUGCGAGGAGCGUGGGAGCUGAUAUGGUAUUUUGUCAGGCAAAUGUAUUUUCCUAUUUAUUCUUGAGUCCUCGUGCUCUGUCCCUUUUCUGAUGACUGUCCUGGUUCUGUCACUGUAACUACAGCAGAGAGAAGCCCAAAACAUCCCACCACGAAAAAGCAUCCGUCUCUCUUUUUGUUUAAGACAGGUAUGCUUAUAUUUCAUUACUCGUACACAUUAAAUAUCUGGGCUUGGACUCAAAAUGUAAUUUAAUUGGAUUGUUUUUAUCCAGCUGAGUUCAGGGAAGAGGACAGAGAGUCGCUUGAGGUAUCAGGGUGUAGGAAUGUGAGUUAUAACUGUGAUCUUCUCUGUAACAGUAAACACAAACUAUAUGCGUACUAACAAGUCAGCCCAUAUUACAAUCCACUACUUCAUUUGGAAACAUUGUCAUAACCUUUACCAAACUACAUUUACGUUUAUAAACACAAGGUACAGGGAUGACACCAUUCUGUAGCUAACACGAUUAGUUUCAAUUAUGUUUUUAGUAGUAUUCUUGGGUUCUGCCAGGCAAAAAGCACACACUUGCAUUGAUAUUGAUAUUGAUAGGUUAGCGACUAUGCAGUGAUGAUCCACCCACACGUCCCCACAGUUCUCCUAACUUUGCAGGAAGGUUGUGGUAACGUUGUGGACAUAAGGUUCCUCUAUAGCAGCUGCAGCUCUGGUAUGAUUUAGCCGUGUCUUUGAUGUCGUGUGGAGCAGCGUCCUUGCAGACCACAUGCUGGGUGGCCAUGCGUUGGUUAUUUCUGGAAUGGAAAAAGAAAAGACCACCAGGAGAGAGAGGGAGAGAGGUGUCCUGUUCAGUCUCUGGAUAGGUUCACUAGCAGGGGCGAGAGAGGUGUCCUGUUCAGUCUCUGGAUAGGUUCACUAGCAGGGGCGAGAGAGGUGUCCUGUUCAGUCUCUGGAUAGGUUCACUAGCAGGGGCGAGAGAGGUGUCCUGUUCAGUCUCUGGAUAGGUUCACUAGCAGGGGCGAGAGAGGUGUCCUGUUCAGUCUCUGGAUAGGUUCACUAGCAGGGGAGAGAGGUGUCCUGUUCAGUCUCUGGAUAGGUUCCCUAGCAGGGGCGAGAGAGGUGUCCUGUUCAGUCUCUGGAUAGGUUCACUAGUAGGGGCGAGAGAGGUGUCCUGUUCAGACUCUGGAUAGGUUCACUAGCAGGGGCAAGAGAGGUGUCCUGUUCAGUCUCUGGAUAGGUUCCCUAGCAGGGGCGAGAGAGGUGUCCUGUUCAGUCUCUGGAUAGGUUCACUAGUAGGGGCGAGAGAGGUGUCCUGUUCAGACUCUGGAUAGGUUCACUAGUAGGGGCGAGAGAGGUGUCCUGUUCAGACUCUGGAUAGGUUCACUAGCAGGGGCGAGAGAGGUGUCCUGUUCAGUCUCUGGAUAGGUUCACUAGUAGGGGCGAGAGAGGUGUCCUGUUCAGUCUCUGGAUAGGUUCACUAGUAGGGGCGAGAGAGGUGUCCUGGAUAGGUUCACUAGUAGAGGCGAGAGAGGUGUCCUGUUCAGUCUCUGGAUAGGUUCACUAGCAGGGGAGAGAGAGGUGUCCUGUUCAGUCUCUGGAUAGGUUCACUAGCAGGGGAGAGAGAGGUGUCCUGUUCAGCCCAGUGGACCGGAGUGAGUGAUGAGGUGAGAGAGAGACCCCAGCUGAGAUCAAUAGAAAUCGGCUUCUCAAACCCAGGAACACUCGGUAAAUAUUUCCCUCAGUCCCUUCACUUACUUAUACACAGUCUAUUUAGUGUACUGACACUCACCCACCUCCUUUGUAAAGGGUCGAAUGGACUAUCAGUGAGAAAUACAUUUAGCCUCUGCCUCUGUAGGCUGUCAUUGUGGGAUUCAGUUUGACCAAAUCUGUAGAUAGGAAAAGUCAAAAUUCAUUGUCACCGACAUUCACUUCGGGGACCAUUGGGAAAGACGGAUCACCUUGUUUUAUGGGUACUGUGUAUCCAGCCGUAGGCUAAUAGAACGUACAGUGUUAGAGCAGUGAUUCUCACACUUCUUUGAAGGGCAACCAGAGUUAAGGGAGACAUUGUUAAUGUUGUUGGUGAGAAAAAUGUAAACGUUCAAUAUUAAAAAAAACGGUUGGUUUCAUUUCUAAAUGUCUUUUUGUAUGAGAAACAUGAUCAAUGUUACAGUCUAUAUCUGUCAAUUCUGAAUCCACCGUGCAGUUAGCAUUAUGUGUAAGCGUCUCAAAUAUCAACUGUGUGUGUGUGUGUGUGUGUGUGUGUGUGUGUGUGUGUGUGUGUGUGUGUGUGUGUGUGUGUGUGUGUGUGUGUGUGUGUGUGUGUGUGUGUGUGUGUGUGUGUGUGUGUGUGUGUGUGUGUGUGUGUGUGUGUGUGGAGGUUGAAGUUAAGGUCUCUGCUAUUGGAAGUGCACUAUAUCCAUCCAUGCCCAUUCCAAGAACCAGACCACACUCCUAUCGCUCUCCCCUUUUGACCAGACCUUUACUUAGUAGUAUUUUCAUCUGGAAUGUGGUUUAGGUGCCUGAUGUUUUGAGUUCUUGUAUCUGCUUAGUUUGUCUGUGGUCUCUCCAAUGGUUUCAGAUGAAGCUUCAGUAGUCAGUAGCACCAUGUUGUUGUACCUGAAUUCAGGAGAUGGAAUGUCCAUUUUUUUGUAAAGCUUGUUGAGUGCUGGUUUUCUGUGCAUAUCACAAUGUCCUAAAUCAGUUAACUGUAAUUUUCUAUUCAACCGUUGAUGUAGAGUAUUAGAUGCAGUUUUGUUACAGGGUGAACAGGGAGUCUGAUUGGAGGAGCUCUUCACCUGAAUUUGGUACCUGUUACUGUAGCCAUUUAGCCUGAACCUAAUGUCACUGUGCCCUCCUAUGUACCCUGUCCUACUGUAUGUAUCUGUCCCCUGUCCUCUGUCCCUGUCUUCUGUACUCUGUCUUCUGUGCUCUGUCCAUGUCCCCUGUCCCUGGCCUCUGUCCAUGUCCAAUGUCCCCUGGCCUCUGUCCAUGUCCCCUGUCCCUGGCCUCUGUCCAUGUCCCCUGUCCCUGGCCUCUGUCCAUGUCCACUGUCCCCUGGCCUCUGUCCCUGUCCUCUUGUCCCAGACCUAUUGUCCUCACCUCCCCAGACUGUUGUAACUCCUCCCUCUCUUCCUGGUCUAACUCGCUUCACCAGAUUUUUCUGCAAAUGUAUUUCAUACGAAGGCCAUUAUUUGUAAAUACACGUGUUGGAGCAGCUAUGACUAACUACAACAAAAAAAAUGAUUUAAUAAAAGUUGUUUGUCAUUGUC